GUGCAGGCAGACUCAACAUAAACACUAAGUAGAUGCUCGAUGACUGCUGCUGGCUAACGUUAGCUUCUAUGAAACCAAGAUGUUUCCUUAGAGAAAAAAAGAAAAAGUAACGUUUUUUUGCGUCGUGAUAUGGUCAUAAAUCCGACUUUUUGCUUUUAAGUCGUGCUAUUCGGAUGCAGCAUUAGUGAUUUUAAUUUUUGUUACCUUGCUAAGCAGCUAGCAGUUUAGCAACCUUAGCUUCAUCUGCGUUAGAUAGGUGGCUAAACAUGAACUCUCUAGUCGGCUAUGGAGUGUCCUCGGAGUCUGACAGUGAUGGAGAUGUAGAGGAUGCGAACAACAAUGGAGCUGGUUGCGUUAAGGAGAUGAUUGAUGAAGUAUCAGCUGACAAAAGGAGCCGCAACUUCUUACUGGAGGCUGGUUCAACUUCCAGUGAUUCAGACAGUGAACCAGAGGAGGAUGAAGACCCAGAGCCCUCAUCAUCAUCACCAGCACCACCACAAACUAAAAAAACAGCAGCUGAUGUUUCUGCAGCCCUUCCGCCCACUCUUCCUCCACCUUCCCGGGGUUGCCUCUCCUCUAAUAAAUUACCUCCACCUCCUUUGAAUACCUGCUCUGACAGCAGUGUGUUUGCCAAUCCUUUCAAGGCUCAGGCGGACCAGAAGCUCAGCGCCUUGCAGAAACACGUCCCCCUUACAAUGCAAGCCAAACCCUCUCAGAUAGGAGGUAAAAGGGUGUGCGUUGCCUACAGGAAGGAUGGACGGUGUAGGUUUGGCAUCAAAUGCAAGUUCGCUCAUGAUAGUGACCUUCAGACGCCAGUCACGCCUGCUGAUAGUCACCAACAUGUGAAUGAAGAAACACCAUCAUCUGAUCCAGCAAACUCCGAUGAAGGUGGUUCCUCACGUGGUGGAGGAUCUCAAAGUCUCCAACAAGAGUCAAAAGAGGAAGAGUCAGGGGGGCAGAAAGGGAAGAAGAGGAGGGUUGGACUGAGUAACACCUUAAUUCCUCCUAAACGAGCUAUGAAACAGUAUGCCAUGCUCAGAGAGAGAGAGCGGAUCAAUAUGACCUGA